AAACCAUUUAUAUAAAUAUUUAUAAGUAAACAUGUCAGAUGAGGAAGUAAUCAAAAGGAGGUUGAUAUUCGAUGGAGAUGGCACGGGUGACGACAGACGCUUUAACUUAAUGUUGAAAAUGAUAGCAAAGUGGGUUAAUACUUCAGAAGAAUCUAGAGAAGAGAGUCGCCAGAUGUAUGAUAAAAUUUUAGCCCAACUGAACCUAGUUGAACAUUCUCGUAGACGUUCAGAAUUGGUGACAAAAUCAAAUGAUGACCAAUUAAUGAAAUACCAAGAGUUAUAUGCUGAUUAUGAGCAAAAAAUUAACGACAUAAAGGAUGAGAUAGCAAAUCAAAGGUUUGAGUUAGAGAAAGCAAAGAUAAUUAAACAAAACAGAAUUCAAUAUGACUUAUUGGCAAGAGCGAUUGUGGCUGAACCUCCUAGAACAGAAAUGAAUAAACAGCUCGUAUGUUUGCAGAAGGACCUGAAAGAUCUAGGUGAAGAAAAAAAGAGAUUGGUUCAAAAAUUAGAUAAGAGAAAGAAGCAGUUCCAUGUUCUGUCUACAUCUGCUAACCAGUUAAGAAUGUAUCUGGAUGAAGAAGAUGAGAAAGAGGAUUGUGAGAUUAACACGUCUCUUGAUGAAGUUACAGCUAAUAGCCCUGGACCAGAACCCAUGUCUGAAUAAAUAUCGAUAAUAUUGUUUAAACGUUUAUGUGUAUACACAUUAUAACUAAAAGUAAUUUUAAGGACAUUUUUCAAGUAAAUUGUUUUUAUAUCGUACAUCGCAAAUUAUUAUUGAUGGGAUAAUUAUUAUAUAAAUUUAGUAUUUUCUUGUGUACUAGUGUAAGUUAUUUAUAUAUCA